AUGAAGGAAACUUGUGUUGUCCUUCUCCUCUGCCUGGCCUUCUGCAGCUACCCAGGACAUGCUGAUCCGGACAGUGCUGAUGGCACAGGAACCGAGGCAGCUUGUGGCAAUUAUAAUCUGAAGAAAGGCUGCGUUAGGAUCUUUGACCCUGUCUGUGGCACAGACAACGUCUUAUACAACAAUGAGUGCCUGUUGUGUGUUCAAAACCUACAAAGGAACACUAACGUGCGCAUAAAGAAGAGGGGAAUGUGCCAGGAGCCUUCCCCACGCUCCGGCUUCACUGAAAACUAA